AUGGCUGACAACAUUUCCUACUCGACCACCAGCCAAUACCUUCCUCAUGCCCAGUAUUAUUCAACACCUCAUGUCAACCAUGGCCAUGUAAAUGCUGCGUCGCCCGACCCGCAUCCUGAACUGGCCCAACGAAAGCGUCCAAAGUAUACUCGGAGCAAAACUGGCUGCAUGACAUGCAGAGUAAAGAAAAUCAAGUGCGACGAGACAAAGCCGACUUGCAUGCGGUGUACCCACGGUCAAAGGGACUGCACAUGGCCCGAGGGUGUCCCUACUCGCAAAAAAUCGGGUGUUGAUAGGAGAGAUUCUGUCGAUGGAAGGCCUUCCACGGCGGACUCUUCAGAGGGUUCUACGCCUCCCACCCGAGACCGUACUCCCCCCGGCCGCUCAAAUACGGAACUUCACUUGCUCCCAUCGCCACGCGACCAGUACAUUCAGUCGAUGAACUCGGAGUUAGAUCCUGCAAGCCCAAUGACUGACCGCUACCCACACACGACCUCGAAUACUAAUACUCUACCCAUGACAUCUGAUGGUCACUACGAUUCCCGUUAUGGUUCUCCUUACACACAUGCUGCACACCACCACCAACAUCAACCGCUGCGUCAGCCCAUACCAAGUCCAUAUAGAAGCGCCAGUAGCCACCAGCCGCCAGUUCAUCAUUGGCAACAAUCACCGGAGUUGGUGGAACCCUACGUGAGUGCUGUUCCAGCGUAUUACCUCGCGCUAUUCUGA